AAGUCCUCUUCUUCUUCUUCCUAAAUCAUUCAACAAGUCAAUACAGAAGUAACCGAAGUCAAGAAAAUCUCAUACAAAAAUGGGCUACUGGUCAGCUGCAAAUGCCACUGAAGCAUACAUCAAAACCAUGAAAAUGGGUAAGAGAGCAAACGAACCAGAUGUAGCCGAAUUCAUCUCAGCAAUUGCAGCUGGAAACAAUGCUCAACUUAUGGUGGUUGCAUGUGCGGCCAUGGCUGGUUUGACCACGUUAGGUCUCAUAGCGGCAUCUCAUCAGACAGGUGGUAGGUUGGUUUGCAUUGUCAAAGGGAUUGAAGAACUCGAGUCCUCCAAGCACGCCCUUAACUCAGACGCCGAUCAGGUUGAAUUCGUUGUAGGAAAUGCUGAAUCUCUGUUGUCAAAUGAAUACAAAUCCGCAGAUUUUGUGGUCAUUGACUGUAACCUAGAGAAUCAUGAAGGCAUUCUUGGAGCCAUACAAAACAACAGGGAAAAGAGUACAAUUGUGUUGGGGUGUAAUGCAUAUUGGAAGGACUCAUGGGUGUGGAGCAGAUCAAACAGUCAUUUGUUUCCAAUUGGAGAAGGGUUGCUGUUGAUGAGAGUUCCUGGAAAGUCUCAGAACAGUGGUGGGAGGAAUGGCGGCAGCGGUGGUGAAAGGCGGAGCCGUUGGGUGGUUAAAGUUGAUAAAUGCACAGGCGAAGAACAUGUUUUUCGGAUCAAAUUACCAGGUGGUAGGGCUGUGAAAGCUUAAGCGUU